GCGUUCAACGCUCUCACUUUCUCUCUCUCUUUCGUGUAAGAUUAAGUCGUGUCGCCGAAAGGUAAAACCCCACCCAACACCCACAAACUCAGCCCCAGUCGGCGGACCAUUUAUCAUCCUUCUCUCGGGGUUUCGUCUUAAUCUCAACAACGUCGGUCAACUCAACAUCAUUCCAACAAGAAUCUAGGGUUUGUUGACUUGUUUGGCGGUGAUUGGGGUUGCUGUGUUUGUGAUGAUGAUGAUGAACUGACUUCUAAUUUGGAUCAAUUUUGUACCUUUUUGAAAUGAUGGAGGGUCAAAAUUUGGUAGCCGAUAGUCAAAUUUCCGAUAGGGUUCAACCGAUUGGCGAUGGUUCAAAGGUGGUCGGUGGUAUGUCGGAUGUUAUUGAGAGCGUCGCCGGUGGUGGAGCAAAGGUGGAGUUAGGUAGCGGCGGAGGGGGAGGGGCAGUGUUGAAGAAGAAGCGAGGGCGGCCGCCUAAGGGUAUGGUGAAACCGCCUCCUGCUAAGAAGAAUAAAGAAGUGGAGGAGGAAGAAGAUGUUUGCUUUAUUUGCUUCGAUGGUGGGAGUCUCGUGCUUUGCGAUCGCAGGGGUUGUCCGAAGGCAUAUCAUCCAGCUUGUAUCAAACGGGAUGAAGCAUUUUUUGAGUCUGCAGCUAAAUGGAAUUGUGGCUGGCAUAUAUGCAGUAUAUGUGAGAAGACAGCUCAUCAUAUGUGCUACACUUGUACAUAUUCAUUGUGCAGAAGUUGCAUUCGGAAGUCUGAUUAUGUUUGUGUUAGAGGUGAUAAAGGCUUCUGCACUAUUUGCAUGAAAACAAUCAUGUUGAUUGAAAAUAAUGGUCAAGGAGAAGAUGGAAAGGUUCAAGCAGAUUUUGAUGAUAAACUUAGUUGGGAAUAUCUUUUCAAGGUGUAUUGGGUUUACUUAAAAGGGAAAUUAUCAUUAACUCUAGACGAACUCACUCAAGCUAAAAACCCAUGGAAAAUAUCCACUACAAUUUCUACAACACCUUCACCUCUUCCAUCAAUCACCAUUAUUACACCACCACCCCCACUACUCCCACCACCACCACCACCACCAACUGCAGCAGCAGUAGCACCACCACCACCACCAACAGCAACACCACCACCACCACCACCACCAACAGCAACAACAACAACAACAUCAACAUCAUUUGAUAAUCGUGAAGAAAACGAAUCCAAAAGAAGAAAAAUAGAAGAUCAUAUUCAUAUCAAUACAACACCACCCCAUAAAGAAUCUGUAAUUACAGAAAAACCAUUGAUCAAGAAGGAUGAAUUAGGGUCAAAAGAUUGGGCAACAAAAGAGCUGUUGGAUUUUGUUUCAUACAUGAAAAACGGGAACACAUCUGUAUUAUCCCGAAUUGAUGUCCAAUCACUUUUAAUGGAAUAUAUAAAAAGAAAUAAUCUUCGUGACCCAAAAAAGAAAAACCAAAUCAUAUGCGAUUCAAGGCUAAAAAAUCUUUUUGGGAAACCAAGAGUUGGACACAUUGAAAUGUUGACACAUUUGGAGUACCAUUUUUUCAUUGAAGAGGAUUUAUGUAAAACCACAGUCAACAAUUCGGUCAAUACCACUGGAAUAUUAGAUGAUCCUGAUUGGACCAAUGAGAAUGUGGUUGUGGUUAAAGAGAAGAAACGAAGGAGAAGAAGUAAAGGGGUAGAAAUGGAACGUGGAUCACAAAACAAAUUGGAUGAAUUUGGAGCAAUUGAUGUUCAUAAUAUGAAUUUGAUAUACCUAAGAAGGGAUUUAAUGGUGAAGCUUCUAGAAGAUAGUGGAAGUUUCCAUGGGAAGGUGGUGGGGUCCAUUGUGAGGAUAAGAGUAUCUGGUAGUGAUCAGAAGAAUGAUAUGUACAGGCUUGUGAAAGUUGUAGGUACAAGUAAGGUGGAUGUAAUGUAUAAGAUUGAUGGAAAGUUAACAGAUUUUAUGCUUGAAGUAUUGAAUUUAGACAAGAAGGAGACUAUAUCGAUUGAUACAAUUUCAGAUCAAGAAUUUUCUGAGGAAGAAUGUAGACGCCUGCAACAAAGUAUAAGAUGUGGGCUUGUAAAACACUUUACUGUAGGUGAAAUACAAGAUAAGGCAAUCGCCCUGCAGUCAGUCAGGCUAGAUGAUUGGAUGGAAAAGGAGAUAUUGCGGCUCAAUCAUCUUCGUGAUGUAGCAAAUGAAAAAGGGCAUAGGAAGGGAUAUAGAGAAUGUGUAGAAAAACUUCAACUUCUAAAGACUCUAGAUGAACGAGAACACAGACUACAAGAAAUCCCAGAAGUCCAUUCAGAUCCAAAAAUGAAUCCAGAUUAUGAAUCAGAUGACACUGAAGAGUAUUUCAACAAAGAACAUGGAGAUGAUAUGGAGUCAAAGUAUUGUGGGGUGAAGAGUUCACGAUCUCCUAAAAAAAGAGCAGGAAGUUCCAAUGAUGCAAAUGGGCGAACAAGGAAAAACGAGCAAUUAAAAAACUUAAAUGUUUCAAAUGAUGAAGAGGGAGGAAAUACAAAAGAAGGAAAUACCAAAGAUACCCCUGGCCUUGGUAAAACAGAACAUGAGAUUGAGUGUAAUGGUUCAACCAUCACUAAAUUAAGCUCAUCAGUAUCCAAUAGUGUUCAAGAAACAACAACAAUACCUUCUUCAUCUGUCCCCAUUAAGAACAACACGUUUUGUCUUAAUGAGACAUUGUGGCAUUACCUCGAUCCAAAUGGAAAAGUUCAAGGCCCGUUUUCUAUAAUCCAGCUUCAAAAAUGGAGUACAACCGGUUACUUUCCUGUUGACAUGAGGGUAUGGGCAAAUAAUGAGAACAAAUCCGUCCUUUUGAAUGAUUUGUUAAAAGAACAGUUUGAAAACCAUGAUCAUGAGAAUGGGAAUGGGAAUGAGAUUCCGGGGGAUAAAGAUUGUAACCAAACCGUGGCUAGUGAGAUUCCGACUCCGGUUCCUAUUCCGGUUCCGUCUCCGUCGUCUGAUGUUUCUGUGAUUCCUUCUUCUGCUCCGGUUUCUGUCAAUCAUGAGAAGUUUUCUGAUGGGUCGUCUGGCCAUGGGCAGAACUGGAAUGGAAAUAAUAACUUGAAGUUUAACAUGACGGGUGUUGUGUCUUUGACUAUGUCUAAUGAGUCAACCGGAAACCUCCAUUCCGGUGAUGCGCCAAGGGAAACAGAAACGGAAACGGAACAAGUUCCUACAGACUCUAAAGAUCCAGAAACGGCUGUAUUUGAAGUGCCUGGUUCGAUUCCAGAGAAGGUGAUCGAUGAAGAGAAAAAGAUAGAAUCGGCUCCGGAAUCGAAGAUUCCGAUUCCGGAUUCGGGAAAUCCGCCGAGCUGGAGCAGUGCUUCGAGUCUGGUAGUUGGUGGGGCAAAACUUGCGGCGGAAACCGAUGGGUGGGGGGUCAAACGGGAGGAAUGGGAAUCAAUGAAGCCGGUCGAGGUAGCGGGAGAUCAUGUUGCUACUCCGACUUCCAACAUUGACCAAAACAUUGACCAAAAUAUUGACCAAAACGCCCAUCCAUCACAGCCGGGUAAUGAUCUGCCAACAUGGCAUGGAAUGGCGGAAAUGAUUGAAUUCAGCACUUUGGCGGAGGAAUCCGUUUCUGAUCUUUUGGCGGAAGUUGAUGCGAUGGAAUCACAAUACGGAUUACCAUCACCUACUUCUAGAAGGAAUAGUUUUGUUGAUGAUUUAUUUAACGGGUCAUUUGACGAAUUUAGCCCUACCCCUGAUCAAGGUACAAGAAGUGACGGGUUUAGUUCUAGUGGAGAUAUUCAAUUACCAUGUCAUUCCACCACCCCAGAUGAACAUCAACAUCAACAUCAACAGCAACAUCAACAUCAACAUCUAGUCGGAUUUGAUUUCAUGAAAAUGUCACAAAAUCCCUUUAUUGCUCCUCAGAGAAGUAGUAAUCCAGGGAAUAUGGGUUUUAAGUGGCCGGAAUCAGAGGGAGGAAUGAUUGACAUAAACAGAUCGGCUAAAGCUGAAGGUGAUGACGUGGACAUCGAAACAAAAAUCAACGUGGGAAACGGGAAUUACAUUCCGUCCGUUGCUCCGGUUCACUCGGGAAUCAGCUAUGGUGGUGGCAUUGUACACCCGUCGGAAUUCAAAUCCGGCGAACUUAUGCAAGCACCAAAGAUGGGUGGUUCAAGAAUGAUGACAAAAGCUUUUCCGGUGAGUGAGGAGGAGGAAGGUGAGUUUAUCCAGCCGGAAGCACCACAACCACCACUUCUGCCGCCACCGUUGACUUUAGGGUUGGACCCGUUUGACCCACGAGAGCUGGAUUCAGAUAAAUAUAGUCAUUCAGGAAGACAAGGGAAUCGGAGCGGGAACAUAGAAUGGGAACAGAGCCAGAACCAGCGGAGAUACGGCGGUGGUGCUGGCGGCAGUGGUGGAGAGAGAUAUAACAGUAGUGGUAGGGCUCAUCAUGAUGAGGAUACAGGGUAUAGCAGGAGCAGUAGGAGUUCAUGGAACAAGCAGUCUAUAUUGGGUAGUGGUGGUGGUAGCGGCGGCGGCGGCGGUGGUGGUGGUGGAGGCAGUGGUGGUGGUGGGUAUUCGAGGCCGCAAUCGAAAGGGCAGAGAGUGUGUAGAUUUUAUGAGAGUGGGAGGUGUAAGAAGGGGGCUUCAUGCAAGUAUCUGCACCCAUGAGGGUGAGAGGGUUGGUGGUUUGACUGGUUUCCGGCGGGUUUGACCUUUUUUUUGUAAAAUCAAUUAUAUUAUAUUAUAUUAUAUAUAUAUUAUAUAUAUAAGGCGUGUUAAUGUCAGGUGGGAUAUGUGUAGUUUUAACGUAACUGGCCUUGAUUAAAUUAAGUCCUUGGGUGGGUCAUAAUGAUCUCAAAUUCUCAAUACAAUUGUCUUUUGUUUUCAUCGAUUCAAUUGAAUUUAUCAAGUAAAUCACCAAGUUUUAUA